AUGCCAGAUGCCGAAGAACGCCGAGCCCGCCGAGCCCGCACCCGCAAACCCCGCGGCCGAGGCCUAAGGACUCGCACAGGCUGCAUCACCUGUCGGAAGCGUCACGUCAAGUGCGACGAGGCCAAUGUCCCGUGCGGCCCUUGCGCCAAAAGGGGACAUGAAUGCGUGUACGGAGAGCCCACGCCCUUGCAACCGCGGAAAGGAAGCCAGCCGUCCCCCGUUGACGCCAACCAGCCCAUCCUGCGGACCGAAGCCGCUCCCGAGAACACCUGCUGCGAUUUUCCCUUCCCAGAUUUUCCCCAGCCUGGUGUAGACGACGGCGUCAACAUUGGUGAAUCGCCUGGCAGCUCCGUCGGCUCUGCUCGACCAGCUGUCAGCACCGCUACCGCGGGUUGGUUCGGCUUGCUGCUCGACGAUGCGGCGCUUGAGCUUGAAGGCAACUCCAGUCAGACCGUUCCGCUCCUGGACCCCGAGCUGUUCGGUAAUGAUGCCAACACUCUCUCGCAGCAGCUUCCAAUCCUUUCUCCUUCGCGGCAAAACGCUCUCACCGAGCACCGCCCAUGGCGAUGCUCGGAGCAGAUCCAGCUCUCGCCAAACGAAUGUCUGCUCUUUGAUAAUUUCGUCCGGCGGGUCGGCCGGUGGCUGGACUUGUUCGACCAGGAAGACCAUUUUUCAACUCUUGUGCCCCGUCUUGCAAUGUACAACAUCGGCCUCAUGAAUGCUAUCCUGGCAUUGUCCGUCCGACAUAUUUCCCUGAAUCCUCAUGUCGCACCAGAUGUCCACCACGAAAGAGCGGUUGCGCUCAAAUACUACUACGAAACACUUCACUACUUACACAAAGCAAUGCAAUUUGACUGUUUCAAAACGAGCUUAGAGCUGCUCGCCACCUCGCUCAUCGUCUCCACUUACGAGAUGCUCGACGGCUCACGCCCUGACUGGGAGCGCCACUUGAAGGGCGUCUUCUGGAUCCAACGCUCCCAAAUCAUCCACGGAGACUCGGGAGGACUAAAACAAGCCAACUGGUGGGCUUGGCUGUGCCAGGAUGUCUGGGCUGCCUUUCGAGAGAAGCGCAAGGUCUUCAGCUUUUGGAAGCAUCCUAGGACCUUCGACCAGCUCAACGAGCACGAGCUCGCCUGUCGUGCCGUCUACACUUUUGCCAAGGCCGUCAACUUCUGCUCCAAGGAGGAGACGGAGACGGAGCAGGAUUCCGUCCACGGAAAGAUUGCAAAGGCGGACGCGCUGGUCAGGAUGUUGGACGAGUGGCAGAGCCUGCUGACGCUCAAGUUUUCCCCCUUGCCGACCGCGAGUGGAACUGAAUCUGACGUUUUCCCGUCGAUAUGGAUAUACCCUUCCUGUUUCGCUGUAGCUGUGCAGCUAAACAAUGCUGCUCGUAUAUUGAUUGAUCUUCAUCGACCGUUUCUUGGAGGUUUGAGUGGGUACGUGCACAAGCAGAAAGAGAUGAUGAAAUGUGCCGAGACAAUUUGCGGUAUUGCAAGGCCUUUGACCGAUGAUGCCGCCUCCUUGAUGUCGUCUCAAUGUCUGUAUAUCGCUGGAUUGGUCGUCCAAGAUACAAAGCAACAGGAAGCCAUCCUUGAUCUCAUCAACGAAUGCCGACUUCGCACUGGUUGGCCAAUCAAGCCGCUCGGGGAGGAACUUCAGGCCCUUUGGAGCAUGCCUUGA